UCGUCGUUCUCAUCGAUAAUACUAGCUGGCAGCGAAGCUAAUUGCGAGUCCGUUGGAAUCACUUAGAGCAAUGUCCGUAUAUAAGGCAAGAAGAAGUACUUUGCGUCAAUCGCUUGGAUACAAAUUAAUACCAAAAAAGCCACUAGUUAGGAUCGAUAGAUUAAAAGGCCGUUAUUUGUUUCGAUCGGCGGUGCGACGUGUUUUGGAAUAUAUGGAAUGGAUAGCGGAAGAACCAGUAAUUGAAGAAAUUAGCGAUGACGUAACGAUUAAUAUCAGAAUGGCUCAACAGAGACACAAAGUAGAAAAAAAGCUACUCACAUUAAAGGACCGAUCGAUGCUAUUAAUAAGACCCUCUGAAAGAUCUUCUGAGGACAAAGCAUACAUAUAUGAUCUUAUGAGAAAGUUCCGCGCAUUCACGAAGCAUACCGAGGAAGUAAAAAAUAUUGCAGCUGUGUGUCUUUAUCAGUAUUUACCGGCUGGCCGGGUGAUUGUUCGUCAGAAUCGUAGAGCGGAAAAUCUUUAUUUUAUUGUAAAUGGCGAGAUUAAUCUGUCAAAGGUAGUGAUUGACGAAUUAACAGGUGACGAAAAAGUUAUAGAUAUAGGGAUCAUGCAACCAAAGGAUAUGUUUGGUGAAGUUGCAUUAUUGCACACGAUACCGAGAACAUCAACGAUAAUUACUAAAACAUCAGUUGAUUUGCUUCUAAUUACUCGAGACGAUUUUGAUAGCAUCUUGCGUGACAGUUUGACAAAACAGUGGGAUGUUCUUCGCGACGCGUUAGUUCAUUUCGAUUAUUUUAAGAUGUGGGACGAAGUGACGAUACGAGAGUGUUGCAUCCUGAGUAAACUGAAAGAUUUUAAGCCUGACGAGGUUUUGUUAGGCGAUGGAACAGGCAUGGUGAAUUAUGUGCAUUUCAUUUUAAGUGGCAAAUGUCGUCUUAUCGAGCAUAUGUUAGUUCGUGAGCGUUCUUCUUAUCACGGAGUACGAUAUGAAUUGUAUGAUUCUGAAACUUUUGGUCCGCAACAACGAACAACAGGAAUAUCGAAAAAGAUGGAAUUUGACGAACCUGAAUUGAAUCAAUUUGACAAAUCCACUUCAAGACCUAUCGAGAUGGACAUCGACGUUGACCAGUCAAGCAUUGUGACUACUACAUUGCUGGAUGUCAUUAAAGGAUGGCAUGAGAUUACCGAAGUUGCGGCAAUAUUAAUGCGAGAGCCAUCCGUUACAUCCCAGUUACAUUAUCCAAGUGACGUUCGUACUAUAUUUAUGCAAAUAUGCAUUUUCUCACGAGGAGCAUGCUUUGGUUUAGGAGAAAAAAUGCUUCAUCGACGAAUCGUAGCGAUUACGCCAGUACGAUGUUUUCUUAUUCCGCGAUAUUGGUUGCUUGAACACAAUCGUGCCAAUAUUUGGGGACGUGUGAAACUGUUUAUGGAUUCAAAAUAUCCAACCAAAAAGCAGCUAUUUAAUGAAUUUCUCUUAAAUCGAAAAUGGAUGACAUGUAAGCACAAUUUAGUUAAAGAUGUUAUUAAACGACGUGGUCAUUUUCGUAGUAAUACAACGAUACAUGAUGUACCAUAUUCCAUCAGAAUUAGUAAUGAAAUAGAUCCAAAAUUAUAAU